AUCAGUAUGAAAUUUAUCACUAGUGCUGUUAAAUCUUGUGCUGCUCGUACAGGCACAUUAACUGAAUUCGAAAGAAUACCAACGAUUUGCUUCGAAACUCCUUUGAGUCUUAUUUAUACAAAGGGGGGACUUGUGCCGCAUUUAACGAAAGAUGCUUUCGAAAGGGUCACAAAAGAACCACAAUUUCUAUCUGUUUCAUUGCCUUCUACUAUGUUAAUGUAUACAGCAAUGAAAGACAUUGGUGUUAAUUUCGCAAAUUUUGUCAGCAUGCAGGAACAUAUAAAUUUUCUAUUGGUUACUGAUCCAGCCUAUUUGACACGUUCAGGAUUUCAAAAGCUUGAUACCAUUGCUGUGUGGACCAAAACUGGCAGACACACAAUGUCAUCCAAAGAUUAUAUGGACAUUGUUGAAACAUUUAAGCCAGACUGCUAUGUUGCUUUAUGUGAUGGUGAUACUAAUAUCAACACCAGUAAAAAAAGAGUUAUGAAAGCUGUGAAUCGUAGUAACAUAUUGUUUGAGCAAUGUUUAGCCAGGCAUAGUACAUCUGAUAAUUUAAAGUCAACAGGAUUAUUAGCUGCUAUAGAAGGUGGCUAUAAUAUGGAUGCUAGACUAGAAUCAAUAAAUUAUUUAAAAGAUAAACCUGUAGUAGGAUAUGUAAUAGAUGGAUUACAUAAUAAUGGACCAGAUGUGCAAAACAUUUCACCACAGCAAGUUGAAGGAAUAAUAAAACAGACUAUUAGUCUUUUGCCAGCUGAAAAAUUGAAAGUAUCAAUGGGAUGCUGGAAUCCGCUAACAGUAUUAAACCUUAUUGAAUUAGGUGUAGAUAUAUUUGAUACAUCGUAUCCUUAUGUAGCUGCAAUGAAUGCAGAAGCUUUAACAUUUUUAUGUGAUCACAGUACCUGUAAUAACAAAUCAUAUGUGAUAUUAUUCAAAGAGAAAAGGUAUAUAGAAGAUUUUUCUCCAAUAUGCUCUCAUUGUGAAUGUCUUACAUGCAAAAAUCACACUAGAGCAUAUAUACAUCAUUUACAAAACACGAGAGAAAUGCUUUUUGAGAUAUUGUUAAUGAUACACAAUAUUCAUCAAUACCUUGAAUUCUUCAAAGCUAUUCGAGAAAACAUAAAAAAUGGUACUUUCGACCAGUAUAAACAAAAGAUUGGAUUAAAAUUUGAAAACACUAGGAUCACAGAGUCAAAUGGAACGGAUAAAAUAGAUGUGAAAGAAGUAAAUACUAUACAUGCGUAAUAUCCGCACUAAUAAAGUAUUAUCAAUUUAUCAUGGUAUUAUAAAUCGCACAAUUUUUAAUUAAGAUAGUACAAAAGUUAGAAACCUCGUAAAAUAAUAGUUAUUCGGGUAAAAAAUUUGGGUCUAAGUAAUUAUAAGAGGAGUUACUAAAACUUUGUGGAAAAUAAUCUAGAUCAUAACUUCUACUAUACAGUGGUGGUUUUAUAGAAAUCAAUCUAUGCAAUGGGUCAUGUAAUGGUUUUUCAGCUUCUAAUUGUGCUACUGCACAAUCACCGCAUAAAUCUAUUCCAUCUGGACAUUCUGCACAAUGCCACCUUAUGCCUGUUAAGGGUUCUUCUUCACACAGUGCACACUGUAAACAAAAUGAUUACCCAUAAAAAUAAAUCCUUUUUAAUUAUUGUAAUAAACGUAAUAUUUAUAUACCUUGUACCCAACAUGUUUAUAUGUUGCAGAAGAACUUUCUUCCUUCUCAGCUUUCACUUGUCUUAACAAUUCUAUGUGCCUUAGUUCUGGAUUAUCUUCAAUAAUACUAUUUCCGGCAUCAUCUUCCUGUAAUCAUUAAUAGCUCCAAUAUUACUAUGAUGUACUUACAUUUCUAUGCAUACAGUAUACAACAAAAUUAGUACAUACAGAUUCUUCUGUAAUUGGUUGUUCUUUAUUCUCAUCCGGAAUUGUAAAGGACAUAUC